AUCUUCAGCUCAGUCAGUCACUUUUGCCUCAUUAUUUUGUCUCAGAUAAUAGUGGAGCUCUGGCUGCCCUUUGCCCCAUACCCAUGUAGGAAAGAAAAGGAAACCCAUGAAUUGAUUUUCUCAUAGUUAUCGUGGCUAGCAGUAUUGCUCAUGGGCGUGUAUGCACGACCACGGCGGCGACAACGAUGAUGGAGUUGCACAAGAUGGUGGCUGUACUCCAGCUGAAAGGGACAGUAGCACCCGUUUUUAUCCUGGCUUAGAGGAAUAUAUGCCAAUCAAAAGCUGGCUGGAUCGUGCCAUGAUGAAAUAUGGUGGAAGUUAUUUGGAUACUGAUAUAGAGGAAGUUAAAACAGUUUCCAAGAUCAUGGCCAUUUUUGUAAUCCUUAUUCCUUAUUGGGCAAUAUAUUUUCAGAUGAAUUCCACAUUUCUGCUUCAAGGGCUGCACAUGAGAAUAAUUCUACAAAAGGACAGCACUGAAGAUUUAAGUGGUGUUUCUCCUGCAUGGCUCUCUGUAGUGGAUAUCAUUUUUGUACUGAUCUUAAUUCCUAUUUUGGAUAAGAGGAUUUAUCCAUGGCUUGAUAGCAAAGGAUGGAGUUUAAUUGUAUUCACUAGAAUUUCAAUUGGUAAGUUCAGUGACCAUUUAAUAUUAGUGUUCUUUUCAACAUUUUGAACUCUUUUCCAUCUGGUAUUUGAGGACUGUGCUACAAAAUUGUGCUUUUGAGACCUUAUUCUCCCAUGUCUCCAUUAUAGACCCCAGCUCCUAUCAUUGCUCCUUCCUUGUAAAUCUCUUUAAAGGCUGCUUUUUUACCAGCAAGGGAGUUCAAGUCAGAACUGUAACUAGAAGCAUAGAGCGAUAUGAUCUAGAUAGUGAAAAUCAAACCAACAGUGCCGGGAGGGUAAUACUGAUUCUACUUACAACUCCAUUGCUUUUGAUUUGUGAAAACUGGAUAGUCAGAGUCACAAGCAGAAGCAGAAAAAUUAACCAAUCAGAAUGCCUGAGAUCUAGUAUUGUGAUUGGUUUGUUGUCCCGCUUCUGUUUCAUCCUCAACAAUCAGGUUUUUUACAGGAUCAUAAGCUACAGAGUUGUAAGUGGAAUCAGAAGUAGAUUGAAAUAUUCCAGUUUUCUGACUCCUAUUCUGUCAAGUUUAUGACUUGGCUUACAAUCCCAACUUUCAAUUUUCACUAGGUUGUAAGCACUGCAACAACUCUGAAUAUGACGCUGCGUCUGUUGCCAGUGAAACCUGGCUUAAAGGAAGAGGGUCCCCUAUACCUCUUCUGAAAACAGUUUCAUGCAAAAGUAAUUGGCCUUCUCAUGCAUCACAAAAAAUUCAAAAAACAGCUUCUCGUUCACAGAAAAAAGUAAGCAAUCACGUUUCAUGCGAAAAUGCAAAGGCUAAAUCAUGUUUCACGUAAAAAUGCAAAUUCUA